UCUUCUGGAUCGCUUUCAAGUGAAUUAAGAUGAAAUGAUGAGAUUCCUGUAACUUUUGGAUGACCCCUUACUUGACAAAGACCGUCCCCAUCAAUUGUCCUGAGAAGUUAGGCUCUAUUUCUGCGUGCCACGGGACGUCUUUCAUGUGAUUGUUUUGUGUUUUUUUUUUCCCAAACCACUGCCUCAGUAGUUUACUCUGAUACAACACAAGUCAAAAUAUGCAACUACUGAAUCACUGAACACACGAAUUAAUUAAUGAACAUCCCUGAGAGUGCACGUUUUAUUUAUUUUACUCUUUACUUUCUAAAAGAUAAAUCUAUCGAAGAGAUAAAUUGUUUACUUCCACUGCCCCAGGGAUGGUUGAAAUUAUAUUAAUUGUAUUUUGUUUAACAUUCAUCAUAUUUAACCAGCUGUGUUUCAAUUUUUCUACUUAUUUAUUUUUUUUAAUUGAAAUAGGUUGUUUAGUUUAUGAAAAUAGCUGCUAUGUGCACACACGUCCGUUUAUGGAUUCACUUAAGCUUGAUUGGCUAAUCCGGUCACAUGGGUGUCUAAUAUUAUUCAAUUGACAGAAAGUAGGAGGGCUUUAUGGAGGGAGAAAAAACACAGCUCGACAAAAAUUAGGAUUUUCCACCUUUAGAAAUGAAUGGCCAUGAGUUCGUAUAUAGUAAACUCCAAGUAUGUGGAUCCAAAAUUCCCUCCAUGUGAGGAAUAUUCGCAGAACAGCUACAUCCCUGACCAGGAUACAGGAUGCUACAGUCCAUCGCAGGACACUGAUUUCCAGAAUUCAAUAACCUAUUCACGGUCAAACUACACCGAGCAGCACUUCAGCUGCAGCACUGCGCGGGGCUCCACCGUGCAGCCGCGGGGUCAUGCACAGGAGCAUGCGAGCCGAAACAGCGCUUUCGCCGCGCAGACUGAGCCCUGUGCCCCGAUCCAAACGUCCGGGCCGCAUCAAAACACAAAGAGCCAAAUCGGAAUAUCCGCCAAACAGCCAGCGGUAGUUUACGCCUGGAUGAAGAAAGUCCACGUUGCUACGGUGAACCCGGAUUACACAGGACCAGAGCCCAAACGGUCACGGACCGCGUACACGAGACAGCAGGUUUUAGAACUGGAGAAGGAAUUUCACUUUAACAGGUACCUCACGAGGCGGCGCCGAAUUGAAAUCGCCCACACGCUCUGCGUCUCCGAACGUCAGAUAAAAAUCUGGUUUCAAAACAGACGGAUGAAGUGGAAGAAAGAUCACAAGCUCCCAAACACGAAGGGGAGAUCCUCCACGGCUCCGAGUCAGCAUUUACACAAGGCGCGGGAGGACAGCCAGGCCGAUAUCACAGUAUUAUAGGAGGGGGAGACACCUCAUGGCCGUGACUGACUUACUGACAGUGUUUCGUGUGGCCCCGGCAUGGUUUCCAUUCAUUACAUUUUUUGGUCAGUGUCAUUUAACAUUGAACUGAAUCCAAACUGGCCAGUAUACAGCCUGCAGAAGAUUAAAAGACUCGCUGAAUUGCAAUGUAUCAUUUCUAACUGUAAACAGAUGUCACGGAAGCAAUGUGGAAGAAAGAAAUGAGUAAACGAGGUACAGGAGAUCGUAUGUAAAUACCUAAUAUUGCAUUUUUGUACGUCAAAUUAUGUUUUUUGUUAACGUUGUUCACUUUGUUUUUAUGCAGGUCCUCAUUUCCCAUAUGUUCAGCCUAUGUGUAAUACUGGGCUGUAGUCGAUUACUUGUUUAUUUAAAUUACAGGAAAAAUAUAUAUGUGGAGCUUUUAUGUAGGCUACAGGUAUACCUAAUUGCUACUCUGUCAUGUUAAGCUUUUAAAAAAAUAAAAAUAAAAAAAAGGAAGACUGAUGCAUACGACUGUACAUAAUAAAAUUCGGUAGUGCAUACAAAAUAGCAGUUUGGUGUAGCAUUCUUAUUUUUAUUUUUUAUUUGUAGGCUAUAUUCGACAUUUGAGUGGGGUUUAUCUGUAGCAUUAACGCGUGUUCAGACGUGUGGAUAUGUGGGUCAAUUUAUUCGCUUUGCUUUCCCCCUGUAUAAUACGUUUAACUUCAAUCACUGAAGCCCAAACGAAAUCUUGGAGCAUUUUUCAUAAAGAAGCAAGCAAGCCUUGUUUGGUACUCUAAUAUGUGAGUACUGAACUCUGUUAGGCUGUACAUCUUUUCAUAACAUAUUUGCAAACAACUUUUUGCAAUUGGGUUAAAUAAGAGCCAGUGUACUAUGUAGGCCUACGUGUAUGUAUAAUAUGUCUGCUUACGUUGUUUAUGUAUUUAAUAUGAUUACAAAUUUUUCUUAAAGCGUUCUUGUAGAAUGAGGAACAUUGAGAAGGCCAAUUAUGCGCCAGGAGCCUAUUGCACUUUCACUGAGGAAGGAAUUAUUUUCCUAUAAUAAAUCAGAAAAUAAAUAUAAAUUUCGCUUUC